AUGGCGUCGCAACGAGAAGGAGUCAAUCCUUUACGACCCUACUAUGUUCCUCCCACAAUCGGCGAGCGCGCCGAGCCUGCUCCUGUAGCUGCAGGCAAUGCGACUGCAGGCAAUGCGACAGCAAGCUCCGGACGAUACACAUCCAAGGCGCGCGAUGUGCUCAAGGAUAUGGAGUACGGCUACCUAGGGGAAGAGACAACAUCGGCCGUGCAGAGCGUCAAAGAUCUGCUGGAUGAGCUCCUGUGGAAGUACUGCUCUGUUCUGAUGGCACAACCAUUUGAGGUUGCCAAGACCAUUCUGCAGGUGCGCGAUCAGGAUGAGGCCGCAGCCAUGCCCGCGACACCGGGCGAGCCGGGAAUGAUAAAGAGGACCUCGAGCUACGGAGGGUCAAUCUACGAUCUUCCGGAUUCUGAUUCUGAAGGCGAUGAGCCCUCGUAUUUCACCUCCAAUGUGCCCGAGACACCGACGCCCAUACACCCGCGUAACCGACAUGGACGUCAAGCCGAUUCUCCCAUCGAUUCGCCCCGCUUACCGAAGAAGACGAACGUGCCCGAGCACUACCUGAACAUUCGGCGCUCGGACUCGGUCACUGGCGUCAUCUCGGCUUUGUGGACGAAAGAGGGCGCCUGGGGCGUAUGGAAAGGCUCGAAUGCGACUUUUUUGUACACUGUGCUGCAGUCAUUACUGGAGAACUGGUCGCGAAGCUUCCUGAGCGCGAUCCUCAACGUGCCGGAUCUUGGUGUUAAGGACGACAUUGACCGGCUCGUCGACAUUGCAUCGCCUUACCCAUGGGCUUCGCUAUUUGUGGCUGCUUCCGCUGCUGUGGCGACGGGCGUGCUUCUCGCGCCGCUGGAUUUGGUUCGCACCAGGUUGAUCCUCACGCCGACAAGUCGAGGACAGCGCCGGACGCUCUCGAUUCUUCGCUCCCUGCCAUCAUACCUGUGCUCCUCCUCGCUCCUCAUACCGACCAUGCUCCACUCUCUCAUCCACCCUAGCCUCACUCUCUCGACGCCACUGGUCCUGCGCACGCAGUUCAUGAUCGACAGCCAGGUGUCGCCCAUGACCUUUUCGGUUGCCAAGUUCUGCGCGUCCACGGCGGCCAUUUUCGUUAAGCUGCCGCUCGAGACCGUUCUGCGCCGCGGCCAGAUGGGAGUUCUAUCUGGGAAAGAGUACCUACGCAUUUUGGGUGGCAAAGAGCAGAAGUUGGACACGAUUGUGCCCGUUGGACGCUACGAGGGCGCGUUCGGCACCAUGGCCCAUAUCGCCAAGGAAGAAGGUCAAAGGGAGGUCAUUGGCAAGCCUGCACAAACUAAGAAGGGCAAAGGCAAGGCCAAGGUCUCUGCGCCCACGUACCGAAAGGGUCAGGGCGUCGAGGGUCUGUGGCGCGGAUGGAAGGUCAGCUGGUGGGGGCUUGUUGGCCUCUGGAUGGCCGGUACUCUAUCAAACGGCGGCGAAGGCGAGUUCUAG